AUGGCAUCGCUUCCGUAUUCUGGUUUGGAGGUCGCUUCCACUUCAGAUCCGGAAUUCGCUGGUAGUACUGACCAGGAUACGCACAAGUACCCGCGAUACGCUGGGGCCUUUACAGACACAGACAAGAUCCCAUAUCAAAACAUCACAUCUGUGCAUGAGGAGCCGACCGCACGAACGAUAUGUGGCCUGCGGAAGAAAACGUUCUGGAUCGGUGUGGUUGCCGCCAUCAUCGUUGUUGGCAGUGCCGCGGGCGGUGGAGUGGGCGGAUCGCUUGCGACAAUCAAAUCCAGCUCUACCAGCUCUAUCAGCAGUACCAAGACACCCGAGACCAGCACACUGAAAUCGACUUCAACAACAACACCACCACCACCACCACCACCACCACCCACAUCAACAACUCAGACCGUCAGCACGACCACCAUCCUCGGCCCAGCAUACAGCCCCCAACCCACACUCCUCCGCGACUGCCCCUCCGCGAACAACACCGUCCGCACCGUAACCUACGGCAGCGCAUCCUACAGCUUCCGCAAACUCUGCAACGGGAGCUACCUCAACAUCCGCGGUGUGACUGCUCACGUACAAGGCAUAGUGAAGAGUCUCGACGAAUGCAUCGACAGAUGCGUGCAGCAUAACCAGGACAACCGCGCCGAUAUCCAGGCCGGUAAAGACCCUCUUUGCAAUACCCGCCGGAGCAAACCGGAUAAUUGGACCAUCGAACUCGCACGGACAGAGGCGAAACUGCACGACGUGGUCAUCGAAAAGGCCGAAAGCAUACGCUAG